CGCAUCCAUCCAUCCAUCACAAGCGGCACGUGAAUCCAUGACUUGCGCUUAGGCCACACUGCGAUGCGGGAGCCGAAACACUGACGACGACCCUACUGACCUGUACAUUUCUAUUCGACGUACUAUCUACAUCUGCGACCAUCUCAUAUCACGACCACGAACGCCAUCCGCGAUGCCCGCGCAGUCGUUGAUUGUGCCGACGAUCUUGCCUACCGGCACCCUCCAUUUUGCGGAAGUCGAGCACAGCGCCACGGCGCAGGACGUGAUCAAUGCGCUGCUGCUAGUCGCAGACUUGAAGAGCGAGAUACUGGGGGACGUGGAGGAGGGGGAUGCAGGGUGGGCUCUGCAGACGAUUAGGGUGGAACGGCCUGGACGGCCAUGGGAGGAGGUCGAGCUCGAGGCCUUGGGAGACGGCACGCUUGAUCCCACGACGCCCGUAGCCCCACUCGUAGAGACGACGACGAGCCCCCGACCCCCGAUGCAACGACACUUCUCCUCGUUCCCGAUGACCUCGCAUCUGCACAAUCCCGUUCUGCGCCUAGUUUCACUACAUCCAGCGCUAUCAGUAUCUUUCACCUUCGCGCGCGUCUGGGAGAUCCACGACACCUUUCUGUACAAGAUCUUCAUCUCUCGCAACACGACUGUUGCGGAAGUCAUCGAGGCUGCGGUUGAGGAGCUUGGAUUGGCUAAGACGCUGCCUAUACCCGGCGGAGGAAACUUGGACUAUGUAAUAGAAGAGGUCUGGGAAGACGGAGAGACUAAAGCAACCAAGCUCCCCGGCUCGUCAAUCAUGUAUAGAAUCGUCCGGACACCGUUCACCGCCAACCCUCUCUCGUCUUCCGCCACCCGCUCCUUCCGUCUGUGCGUUCCAGAUGAAUGGUACCGCAGGUCCAAGUCCCGCAGUGUCUCCGGUGCAUCAAUAGAACCCUCCGAGUCCACGAUCCGGCGCCUUGCCUCUCUGCAGGAGCAGGAGGAAGAGGACGAGGGAGAGGAUCAGGAGGGCACAGCCAAGCUCACCGACACUGUCGUUUCACCCCGAUCGAGCUCUGCCGAAGAACCCGCGCCCAGCAAUCGAUUGUCGAUGAUGUUUGAUGGAUGGCUGCGAGGGGGCCCGAGUCGGGAUAGUGUUGUGGUCCCAACCUCGGCAGCGGAGAACCGCAAGAGCAUCGUGAGCGAACCGAAGCUUGUGCCGCACUUCACCGGCGGCGGACUAAAUGAUGCGGAUCCUGCUGAGGAGGAUCAAGGAUUCGACGAGGCUGCGUUCGAAGCCAUGCUUGACGACCUGGGUCUCAAAGGCGACAAACGAACGGCGAUGCACAACAUGGCGCCAGAGAGGAAGCGCUAUCUGCUCGGGCAAAGCCGACAGGCCAAGCCUAAGGCUCAUGCGACACCUCCGAAAGCCGCCGGCUACGCCCAGUCGUACGGCCCAUCGAGUGCAGCGGCCCUGCUUCCUAGGCUGGUGCCGCAGCUGACUGGCGAUGGGCUCAUGAAACGGUUCUCGAUGACGGGCUGGGGCGCCGCAUCACCCCUCUCAGAAUCCGGAAACUUCGACCCCGAGCCCGAGGUGGCACCCGCCGCAGAGGAAAUCGCACCCCUGCAAGCGCAAAGCACGGGGGGCCUGUGGAGCAGCUGGUGGGCGUCGUCAGGUGGCGACAAGGGCACCAGCGGCUCCAAGGAGACGAGCAAAUCGGCGAAAUGGUACGUUGAUGGCCUGCGCUCGAGCAAGCCCGACGUCAGGCUCGUGAAACACCUCAUCUCGCUCCGGGUACAUCUUUCGACGGCCAAGUUGCUCUGGAUUCAAGAGUUCGUCGGGGAUGAGCAUGGCUUGGAUGUGCUCGGGACGUUGCUAGCUGGGCUGGUCGCCAAGGGCGGCAAACGACGGACUCUGACGGAGGUUGAGACGACUGUGCUUCAUGAAGUGAUCAAGUGUUUGAGAGUACUACUUAACACCGAGCCCGGAUUCAACCAAGUUCUGGGAUCGCCGGCCAUCAUCACACACAUCGCAUACUCCCUCCACGCAGCGACACCAAAACUGCGCAGUCUCUCUUCAGAAUUGCUGGCGGCCAUCUGCGUGCUGUCACUGACGGAAGGCCACAAGGCCGUUCUCGCCGCCCUGUCCGACUACCGAGUCGAAUUCGAAGAGUCCUUCCGCUUCGAGGGACUCAUCGCCUCGCUGCGGUUGCCUGAUCCGGCGACGGAUGUGGAGAGCGACGACGGUCUCGAGAUGAGCGCGAGCGAGGAGGACGGCGCGUGGGAAGCGAGGACUGCGUCCAUGGCGCUGAUCAACGCGCUGACGAACUGCCCCGAGGCACUCGAGGACCGCGUCAUGCUCCGAGAAGAGUUCGGACGGCGGGGCCUGAACGAAGUCGUUGUGGCUCUGCGGUACAUCAAACCCCCGGAUACUCUGCUUACGCAACUAGACGUCUACACGGAAGAAAAGUUUGAAGACGAGCAGGACAUGCGCGAGCGUGCGCGUGACCUGAUGAGCCGGUCGCAAGAAAGGGGAUCGUCGGAGUCGGCGCUGGAGAAUCUCAUAAGGCUGGCUAAGCAGCACGGGGAGUUGUAUCCGAUGAUGAUUGAGAUUAUGAACCACUACGGCCAGAUCCUCGAGAAAGAUAUCGGGAUGCAACUGAAGGCGGACUUGUUCAAGAUUCUGGAUCGGUUUGUGGAGCAGGCGGCGAUGCUGGAUGAUUUCGACGACGGCUGGCAGCUUUUCAUGAAGCGUUUCGCAGCUUCCGUUGUGCACAUCACGGGCCAAGAACUCGAGGUUAACGCGCCUUCGGAUUCCGCAUCGAGUUCUAUCGCUGAGCAAGAGCUCGAGUCUCUUAGGACUAAAUAUGAGGAGCUGAGCGACGAGCGUACCGAGCUGAGGAACAAGCUAAAUCAGCAAAUCGCUGAGAUGAACACGCUGAAGAGUCUACCGCUGAACCUGCAAGUUCCCAACACCAAGUCCAGCGGCAAGAGUGGCGAGAACUUCCAUGGACUGGUGCAGCGACUGGUCCAGAAGGAGAAGCAGGUGCUCCAGCUCCAGGCCGAGGUAGAUCGCUUUAAGGCUCAGAAUCCGGGCGAAGCUAGGGAAGCGGACGAUCGGGCGAAACGGGAGCGCGACAGAGCCAAGUGGAACUCGUUGAAUGAUGAGAUUGCCAAGCUCAAGACGAAGAACGCCGAACUCGAAUCCGCUGGGGCUUUCAAAGAUAAGGAGAUCACGUAUCUGAAGCGGGCGCUCGAGUCGGUCUACACGCGCUUCAUCUCGCGGGAAGAGUCCAAGGAGGAAGCAGAAAUGGACGCCGCGAUGAUGGCAUCGCGCACGAUCGACAGUUUGACGCGCAAAGACGAAGAGAUCGCGGCUCUGGUGGUCGAGGUCAACGAGCUCCAGGCCAAACUAGCGGCCAAACCCGCCAUGACAGAGAAAGAGUUCAAAGCUGCUCACGCGCCGCCACCUCCCCCGCCGUCCAAACGCGCGUCAGUCAAGACGAAUUCGCCCCGGUCGCCCCCGCCCCCUCCGCCGCCUCCACCGCCCAGGCCGCCGACGCGGUCUGUCACGCUUCCCGAGUUGGGAACGACAGCCCAGUCUUCGCCUCCUCCGCCCCCGCCGCCUCCAGCCCCGCCCAGUCCAUCCUCGAUGCCAUCAUCGCCUCCGCCCCCACCACCCCCACCACCACCGGUUACUGGGAAUGCGCCGCCUCCGCCUCCUCCGCCGCCCCCACCGUCGACAAUCGGUGUCGCAGCACCGCCACCGCCUCCACCGGGCAGCGGGGCACCACCCCCGCCGCCGCCUCCGAGCGCGUUCCGAUCCCCUGUCAGGGUCUCGAAGCCGGCCAAACGGCUGAAGCCCUUCUUCUGGAACAAGGUGAAUGCGGCGGGCGGCUCUGUGUGGAACGACAUCGGCGCUGGGUUUGAGUUCAAGAUGGACGAUCUGGAGGCCACGUUCACGCUUGACAACACGCCGACGACGCCGUCCCAGCUGCGCGCCAGUCCGAAGAGGCAGGCGGUGACGACGCUGCUGGAUAUCACCAGGGCGAAUAACAUUGCGAUUAUGUUGUCGCGCAUCAAGAUGGGAUUUCCUGACAUCAAGCAGGCGUUGCUGGAUUUGAACGACGAGAAGCUGUCAGUGGACGAUCUGAAGGCGAUCAGCAAGCAGCUGCCCACCGCAGAGGAGAUGGGGCGGAUCAAGGAUUUUGACGACGACUUGGGCAAGCUGGCCAAAGCGGACCAGUACUUCGGGCAGGUGAUGACGAUCCCACGUUUGUCCGAACGGCUGGAAUGCAUGCUGUACCGACGUAAGCUUGACUUGGACAUCGAGGAGAUCCGGCCAGAGCUGAACAUCCUGCGCAAUGCGUCGCACGAGCUGCGGUCGUCGCUCAAGUUCAAGCAGGUGCUGCAGGCCGUGCUGGCGCUCGGCAACGCGCUGAACGGGUCGACGUUCCGGGGCGGAGCGCGCGGGUUCCAGCUGGAGGCGCUGCUGAAGAUGAAGGAGACGAAGACCGCGCGCGGGGGCGCCGACUGCCCGACGCUGCUGCACUACUUGGCCCGCGUGCUGAUGCGCACGGACGUGUCGCUCGUGAACUUCAUCGAGGAGAUGCCGCACCUAGAGGCGGCGGCGCGCGUGUCGCUGCAGACGGUCGCGCAGUCCGUCGCGACGCUCGUGGCGGGGCUGGCCCAGCCGUUUGCGGGGCAGGUGGAGCCGAGUGUGGUGGCGCUGAAGAACAUGUCGCAGUCGUUGGACACGGAGCUGCGCUCGCUGCUCGCGUAUUACGGCGAGACACCCGAGACGACCUCGCCCGAAGACUUUUUCGGGCUGAUCGUGUCGUUCUCGACGCUGCUGCAGAAAUGCGCACUGGAGAUGGUGGACAAGGCUGACUUCAAGACACCCGCGGUCGUAACCACCGCUCCGGAGGAGCCGGCUUCUGAAGCCGGCUCGUCGACGAUCAAGGCUGCACCGGCAGCGGCAGGCAACUCGCUCGUCCCGCCGCCGUCGCACACGCCCAAUUCGCAGGGCCGGUCUGUUGGACGUGGGGAUCUCGACCAGGCGAUCAGGAGCAUGCGGGAUGGGAAACGGAGGACUGUCGGAGCAAGGCGUAUCACCUCGGGGAGUAUCGGGUCGAUCAAAGACUAUAAGACGCAGCGGUGGUAUCCCUACAAGUUUCAAUCUACAAACCAACCAGCAAUGCCGCCCCGCCCUUACUUUGCACUACUUCCAAUCGGCGUCCUCGGCGUCCUCUACUACCAACACAUACGCCUGAGCGCGAAAUACCCCACGCGCCGUAUCCCGCCGCACCUCGAACUGAGCGCCCAAAGCCUGAGCGGGACGGCGCCUGCGUCCGGAGGGGCGUGGAAGGCGGCGCAUGCGGGGGACACGUGGACGGCGCAGGUCCCGCGCCGGCUCGUGCUCACCGCCGCCGCGCGCGCCGGAGGGGAGGAAUCUGAAUCCGCCGGCGAGGCGGAUGAUGAUCUGGCGGUGGGCUUCGCGCGGGCGUUCUGGGGUAGCUGGUGGCUGCGGCUCGAGCCGCGGAUCAUCGAUGUGCUCGAGGGCGUGCUGAGGCUCGGCGUGUUCUCGAGACGGGAGGGCAGUCGCGGGGAGCACCCGGCUGGGUUUGUGCCUGGGGAGCAGGUCAUGACGGGAUAUUUUUUUGUCGAGUCUCAUGAGGAGCGACCGAAGAUCCUCCCGAACGCGGCUGUGCUACACGGGCCUAUCAUCGUCUCCUGGUGGCUCCAACCGACUCCUCCGUCCCCGAAACCGGGCCUGCUGGGUGGAUAUCACUCGUUCUCGGUCGAAGACUCCGAUCCAGAUUCGCCGCUGGUCACGCUGCAAUUCACGUCCACGCUCACGAUGUCUGGCUCGAAUCCUUCAGGGGAUUCGACGAUGCCCAGCGCCCAGUUGGCGGGUCUAGAUCUACGGCAGAGCAUCAUCAUGAGGUUCCACACGUUGUACUCGAGACUCUUGCUGGACUCGGCUGUGAGGCGACUGGAGAGGGGAGUCUAGAAUUAUUUAAUUAUUAGUGUAUUCGCAAACUACUAUGCUGCAUUUCGAUAAUCAAUCUACGCGUCAAGCGAAAUCAUGUGAUCGCGUUCGUUCGCCGCGGCAUCAGCCGGCUCUCCGCUCGUUACGCGCAUCACGGCCCCCAUCAUCGCGUCCGAGCAUGUGCCCGGACCCUUAUAGCUGCUGCUUAUCCGCACUCUCCCAGCGCAGACCAGACCACACCCACCUCCGCCAUGGUCUUCUCCUGCCUACCAUUCCUGGGCCGCCCGACCAACGCAGCUCUCGAUGCGGCCGACGUGCCUGAGAAGUCGUCCCGAAUGGGCGCACGACCAUCAGCACCGUCCUAUCGCGCCGCCCUACGCGCGUCGGGCGCCGGCUCCGCUGCAGCCCUGGCGGAGCUCCGCGCGCUGAUGACCGAGAACAAGCUCGAUGCGUACGUCAUCCCCAACGAGGACGAGCACGGGAGCGAGAUCCCCGCGUCGAGCGAGCUGCGGCGCGGGUUCAUGACCGGGUUCCACGGCACCGCAGGGCUCGCGGUCGUCACCCAGGACGAGGCGCUGCUGUUCACGGACAGCCGGUACUGGAUCGCCGCGGAGAAGGCGCUGGACCCGGCCCUGUGGACGCUCAAGAAGCUGGAUCCGCGCGCGCUGGUGCCGGGUGGGUUCCAGGACUUCCUCGUGACUCUCCCCGCCGGCUCGCGCAUCGGCGUCGACGCGCGGCUGAUCCCGCCGUCGCUCAAAUCGACACUCGACGCGGCGCUGCCGGCGGGCUCGCGGCUCGUGUGCCAGCGCACGAACCUCGUCGACGCGGUGUGGACGGACAAGCCCGUGCGCUCGACGGAUGCCGUAGUCGUCCACCCGCUCAAGUUCACCGGGCGCGGCAUAGAGUCGAAGCUCGCGGAGCUGCGCGCGGCCAUCGCAGAGGCGGGCGCGGGCGCGUACCUCGUGACGCCGCUCGACGACCUCGCGUGGCUGGUGAACCUGCGCGGGAACGACACGUUCAACCAGCCGUUCUUCUACGCGUACAUGUUCGUCUCCGCGGCGGAUGCGGUGCUGUUCAUCGACCCGCGGAAAGUCAGUCCCGAGGUCGAUGCGUAUCUGACUGCCGCGGGCGUGCGGACCGUGCCGUACGGCGAUGUUUGGGACUUUUUGAAAGCGGAGAAGGCGGAAAACCCGAAGAGCGCUGUGUUGGUGGAUCCCAAGGCGUCGUAUGCGGUGAUAGAGGUCCUGGGGGACAAGGCCAAGAUCAUCCCGUCUCCGAUCAACAUCUCGAAAGCAGUCAAGAACGACGUCGAGAUCCAAGGGUUCUACAAUGCGAAUCUCCGUGACGGCGUCGCCAUGGUCCGCUGGUACGGUUGGCUCGAGGAGCAAGUGGUCAAGAAGAACAAGGUCGUCACCGAGUAUGAGGCCGAGCGCAAGCUGAACGAAUAUCGGUCCUUCGAAGAAUAUUGGGGCGGUGACGCGAGCUUCAUCAGGUCAGGAUUCGUACUUGCGUGUCCCACGGCGUGCUGAUAAGGCGAGCCCAGUGCUUAUGGGCCCAGCGCGGCGCUUCCUCAGUGCGCCAAAGCUGGUAUUCCACUGACAUUGGAGACUGAGUUGCGUGCAGUUACGAGGCUGAUCCAGAAGACUGUUUGGUCAUUGGCAAGCAUGCACCUUAUCUUAUGCAAGUCCGCGUCUGCCCACUUGAUACCCGGACGCUCAACUGUGAUGAUGUGCAGUGACUCGGGACAGCAAUACCUCGAUGCGACGAUUGACACGACCCGGACGGUGCACUUUGGGAAGCCGACUGCAGAGCAUAAACGAGCCUUCACGCGGGUUCUGCAAGCGCACAUCGCCAUCGAUGCGUUGACCUUCCCCGCUGGGACGAUGGGCACCGCUCUGGACGGAAUCGUCCGCCACCACAUGUGGAAGGACGGGAUGAACUUUGGGCAUGGCCCGGGGCACGGUAUCGGAAGCUACGGAGUCGUGCAUGAGAGUUCGACUGGGAUUAGUACUCCGUUCGCACUCCAGCCUGGACACGUCGUCACGAACGAGCCCGGUUUCUACGACGAGGGCAAAUUCGGAUGCCGAAUCGAGUCGACCAUCGUGGUCGUGAAGAAGAAGACUUACCGCGAGUUUGGCGGCCCGAUCUGGAUGGGUUUCGAGCGGUUCACCAUGGUCCCGAUUCAAACGAAGCUGGUCGACCUCGAGAUGCUGACCAAGGACGAGCGCAAGUGGCUGAAGGAGCACAACGAGCUGUGCUACAAGAGACUGCGGCCUUUGCUCCGCAAGGUGAAAGACAAGCGGGCGGAGGCUUUGUUGGGCGAUUUCUUCUGAUUGUUGUCGCUGCUAGUAAGUAUUGUCUUGUACAGGAAGGCUUUGUUGGAUCUCCCUGAGCGUUGGUCUGGUCUGGGCUGUGGGCGCGGUAGUCGUGCUGUGUAUGAUACGCCAAGAAAAAGAGGGAAAAGUGAACGACCGUUAGCCCACCGGGGGGCUCGAACCCCCAGCCUUAAGAUAUCCGCAGACUGUCCCAAGUUCCAACCACACAGGAGACAUAAGAGUCUCACGCUCUACCGAUUGAGCUAGGCGGGCACCUGCGCUGAUGCGCCCGGCGGCGGUCAUCAUGUGACGGAGCCGUUUUGAUAGUGCAGAUAAUGAUAAUAUUAGAGACAACAAUAUAAACCUCCAGUACAUAAUGAUCCCAAUUAGACGCCAGAGUCGACGCUCGACUCCAGAGGCAGCAUGUGGCCCAUGCGGAGGACCUUGGUGCGCAGAUACUUGUCAAGGUCCGGGCCGUGCACUGCCUGGCCUCCGAUGAGGGUGGCCCCGGCAGCGUGGGCCAGCUCCUCCAGGCUCGGGUCGCGUGCUUGCCAGCUGCGGGGGACCAUGGCCACGCGGUCUGCGAUGUAGAUGCCCUCCUUAUGGAGGGCCUCGACUUUGUCCGGGUUGUUCGUCAGGAGCCGCACGCCCUCACCCUGGUUUGGCCCCUCGCCCAGCCCCAGAUCCCGCAUGAUGGCAGCGGCGAUCUCGUACCCCCGCUCGUCGGCCUGGUGCCCGAGCAUCAGGUUUGCUGUGACGGUGUCGUGGCCGAGAUCCUGCAGGUUGUAUGCCCGGAUCUUCGAGAGCAGGCCGAUGCCGCGGCCCUCCUGGCGCAUAUAGACCACGGCGCCACGUCCGGGGAUGGUGACCGUCCUGCCCGCUGCGUCGAACGUCACGGGCUGCGAGAUCCUCCGGAUAGCCUCGUCCAGCUGCUCGCCACAGUCGCACCGCAUGCUGCCCACCGUUUCGCCGGUGAAACAUUCCGAGUGGAUGCGGACCAGCGGAGGGGGCAGAUUCCCUAUCGGCGUGUGUUUCGAUGUGGAAGGCUGUGAGGCAUGGUGCGAAUCGGCUGACAGCUGGCCGACGUAGGCGCCCCGAAUGAUGCGGUCCAUCUCGGUCUCGUUCUCGUCCCAGACGGCAUCCAGGGAGCGCGAGCGGAUAGCAGGCGCGACGAAACCGGCGGCAUCGGCGGCAUCGGCGUACUGCGCGGAGUCAAUCACGAGCGCCAAGUGCUCCUUGUUGUCCCGCGUGUUGUGGUACAGAUGCAGGAAGGCGGGCCCAUGUGGUGUCGGGAUGCGAGUCCGCGCCAUGCAUUUCACCUGCACCGGCUUCGCACGCUCCGCAUUCUGGACGGCCUUGGUGCGCGCCGUGUCGGUAGGGGAGGCGACGACUGACAUGCGCCGCUUUUUCGUCGGCGCGGCCGUCGCUACGGCACUGUCGUCGUUCUCCUUCGAUUCCUCCGGGAUCAGGCCCUGUUGGAUGCGCUGCCGUCUCGGGGCCUGUCGGCUCACAUACGUGAGAGGCCGUUUGAUCUCCUUGUAGUCGGUAAUGGGGACGGGAACGCCAGGGAAGAAGUCGUGGUGGUAGUGGUUGCGGGUAACAUGGGGGCCCGAAGCUGGGGUUCCAGGCUCAGGAAUGGGAAAGGCGGAGAGCCGCAAGGAGACUCACCGACUGCAGCAGCCAUGAGAAGCGGAUCGAGGGCAGCGUCCCGCCGGGAAAACUUUUGUCUAUGAGUGGGUGUAGUGGGUGCAGUAAGCACCUCGAGGAGAGCCGCGUCGCCAAUAUUAUCGAAAAGAGAGUGCAUUUCCGGCAAAGUUAUAAGGACAAGAACGAGAGUCGCGGUUCAAAUACAAGCACUGGUCAGCAAAGACUAAGCAGGAGCUAAGCUUACCGUAAGCGCCGGGGACCCGAUGGGUCUUGUCAUCAGCUGGUGUCAGAAGACAUGACAUUGUUUGUAUAAGCGAUCAAAUGCCCCUAUUCUUCUCGUUCUCGAAUGUUCAUCAGAGGCGGGGUACAAGUAAGCAGCUGCGACAGACGCUAGACAGUGGAACCCGUUGUAUGAUUUGCGGGAGUGAGUGAAUCGUUAGGCGCUGCGAAUACCUAUGCAUUGGCCCCAAUAUAAGAAUAGUCCAUAAUCAUCUAGAGACAAGCUUGUCACGGACUCGGAAAGAGAAGCUCUUUCCGCUCCAUCUCCUUAUGCUGGGGAGCGUAUGUGCGAUCAUUAAGUCCACCCAAAGUCCACCCCGACGGGCCAUUUCUCAAGUCAUCCCUCGGAAUGUCAGAAUGAAAGGCCGAGCUCGUGAGAUCGUGGCAACGUCGUAUAAGAUAGGGAGGGAAUGAAUGGCCUGUUCAAUCAGACUCCUGCCGUCCACAGGCCAUCUUAAUGCAAGCCCUGGCUCGCUAAAAUUAUCAGCGAGGAUGCAUGAUGCCGAUCAUGAAUGAUCGCUUACAUAAUGGGAUCACAAUGUAAUCCCUCCUUUUUCCGAACUUCUCCAACUGCUAUGGUUGCUCGAGUAUGAGAUGCGUCUUUCGCUGAUUCUUCUUCUUUCCGGUACAUUCUCUAUCGUUCAUGCUCUUCCCUCCGUGACCUCCAGGACUGAGGACAGCGAUGAAAUAACAAGCAGGUCGUCGUCUGCGCAUCCCGGAACGACGAGUUUUCUUUCCCACACCUCCCAGUCUGCAUCCCCCUCGCACAAACCCACGUCCGAAUCAACCCGGCAUGUGUUCUCCGCCCACACUUUACCUCCUCAGUACAGCGACCGGCCAGUCGGGAAUCCGCAGCCAGUGCCAACGCGCACUUUCGAACCUAGACCGAGACCGACAACACCCUUCCAAGAUCCCCGACACCAUGUGUCAAUCUCGGGUCUCAUCGUCAAGAUCAUCGGGAUUUUCUGCGCGAUUAUGACCCUUCUCGCGGUGUCCCGGUGCAUAUACAUAUACCGAAGGACUCCGCAGCGAGACCGCGUGCUUGCGGUCAUACACCGACAUCAACUACAGCGGGAGAUGGAGGAGUUGGAUCGCAAUCCGCCUGAACGACGCCGGUCGCUGGUCGAGCCUCCGCCGCCAUACCUGGGCCGACCACCGGAGUAUACGACAGACGAGACCACGCGGCUCGCUUCUCCCCGGCACAGUUCUUCGUCCGACGAGUUGCACACACCGGAAAUGCGGGAGCGGUGACAGCAUGUUAGCGAUCCGUCGACUCGUCACCGCGUGGAGAUCCAUCCCGCAGCGCAAACCUGUUGCGACCGGCCAUUUUAUUUCUGCGAAAAGCGGUCGGCGGAGCAUGCGUGCCAUUGCAAGGUGUACUACCAUCAUCUGGGACUUUGUAUCAUAUCAUUCAUGGACUCGGCAGUACAUCAGAGGAAUCGCGUGGAACUGUUCGGUACUUAUCGUGAAGCUGUUGAAACGUUCAGGGAUUGACAGGUUGGGUGGCUAUGUGUCCAUGAUCACUCGCUAACUGUGCUGAUCCCCUCGCGACCUGCUUUGCAGUCACCUCGAAGAUCGCGGGCUUUUCACCCCGCUUUCGCACGCGAUCGGACCGUUCUACCCCUAUCCUCCUUGACUGCGAGCCACUGCCCUCUCCUCGAUCGCAAAUUUGUCUCGUGCGACGGCUUUUGCCCCUCCUUAUCGCUCCCAAUGACCCGUUCGGAUUGCCACGAAGGAUUGCAGAUUCUUGCGGCCAGUCUCCAAUUCCUAGGUCCAGGCAACCAGUACUUUGUAUGAACCAAUGGGAUGUCUGUGUGUCUUUGAGCCCGCUCCGGCAAACUCUUCCUGAAGCCGAACGUUGACCCUGUACGUUAUCCACGUUUCCGGAUAGACCGACCUCUACGUCGUCUGUCCGAUCUUCGCACUUCGCCGGCGGAUGAACGCAUUUGCGAGAGGAUGCAUCAUGACGAGUUCCGAGGCCUGCGCCCCGCGGAAGCAAUCACAGAGAACGUAUAAAAACCCAAAAUUGAUUGCACCAGCAGCCCAUUCAAACCUUUUGGCAUGUCUGGCUCAGACUGAAUCUCCCAGUCAUCUUGGUGAAGUGAUCUUUGAUCAGACAAUUGCGUGUAAAAGCAAUCCUGGAAAGUGUACGGGUGGAGAUAAGGUGUUAGACGCGGUCUGAUCCUGUUAAGAGCCAUUAUCAACGUGUUCGACGCCCCCCGCAGGUGACUGAGGAUAGCGGAGAAUCAUCCGUGGGAUUUGCCGCGGUCACAGAGACGGCGUUCACUCCUGAUAUUUGAUGGCAGAGGUCGUCACAAAUAAACAACUUCAACUUCUCUUUCUGCCAAGGGACCCACACUCAGUCCUGGGCAUGGACUUGCCCACUGAGUCCUUUCGGCCAUCCCGCUCCGUUCCAAAUGGCAAUCAGAUAAUACCCGGGAGCACGCUGCAUGCUCAAACUCGAGAAAAAGUGGUCGAAAUCCUCGCCAACACCGCAAACGGAUGUCUAGACGAGCUUGGAUUGUUCCCCGGGAUCAAACAACGAUACGAUGAAUUGCUGAAGGCCCACGAGCAAGCAAACAGGGCGAAUGAUGCGUUGUGGCGGGAUAAUGACAAGCUCGUCCAGUCCUGUUCUCAUCUUCGGAACAAGUGUACACAGUACCAGAGGGACAAUGUCAAGUUGUACGAAGACAACAGGACUCUCGUUCAGGAGCGCUCCCAUAUCUGCGGCGAGAAUGAGCAGCUCAAAAAACAGAAUAUGGUGUACGCGCGAUCUACUACACACUACGAGGUGAUGGGUGCCUAUGCUGCGUUGCAACGGGACAUGCAAGCGGCCGUGAACGAGAACGAGCUUUUGAAGCACGCUGUGAAAGAUCUGCAGAACAGUCUACACCGGUCGGGGGCAAACCCUGCAAUUAUCCAAUCUGCUGUUCCGGUGGACGUUCAUUCCCAUGGGCCCCCUCACGUUCCGGCUUCUGGAAUGCCAGAACUCCGAAUAAGCACGCAUGUUACAAGUCAGGUACCCAUCAUUAAUCGCUUCUCGUCGCUGUCACCAACCCUUCUUCAGAAUAACCAUCCCCCUCUGCGCCGAUCUUCCAUGCCGAUGUCGAUGCCACAGACCAUGGCUGGUCUGGAGCAGGGUUCCCGGUCGAGCUCAGGUUAUGUGCCACAUAAUGCUGUCCGUGGGGGUAACGCGAUUCCCAACAUCACUCAACCUUCACGAACAGCUUCUGGCGCUGGGACGUCUUCGCGGCAACAUAGGCCUCCGCUCGUUCCCUCAAUGCCCAUGUCUGCUCCGCAGAUGCCGCUCCACUUCCCUCCUCCUCUUCGGUCAUCACACUCAACCAGCCCCCAGCAGCCUGGUCCUUCACUAAAAUCCUGGCAUCCGGUCAUGCGGCGGCCUACUGACCCUAUGCUCAGCAAUAUAGCGCGCCCUUUGUCUUCCGGCUCAUUGCCACCGCAAACACCCUCGCCAUCUUCUCCCGAAUUUCCUGGUCACGCACCUGUAGAGAUGCAACACCGUCCGACCGUCCCUGCAUCGCGCUCGGCGCCAUCGACUGUUCCGCGUCCGCAUAUAUCCACACCGACACAGUCUCAGCCCCCCUCAUCUCUACAUAUAAUGACCCAGGCGACCAAUCGAAAUUCUGGGCAUCUGCCCGCUGUGGGGACAGUCCAGUCCCCUAUCGUUCUGGUAGACAGUCUGCUCUCGCGGCGACCAGAGUCACCCCCGGAAGUCCACGAAGCGAUCACGCCCCCGUCGUCAGGCCCUCCUGUGACUGUGGCCGUGAGUACUGAUGAGCGGCGCGGUGAUGAGAUCGUGGUCGUCGAGCAUCCACCAUUGGCCGUGAAGAUGGAGGUGGAUGAGUCCGCAGAGGACGGGAUGCAGGAAGACGAUAUGGAAGAUAUGGACGAGGACGAUGAAAAUGAGGUUGAGGUGCGACUUGGGCCCGAUGGUCUGCGAUUGGUCGAGGACUCUAUCAACGAGAUCUUUGGCGACGAGACGGGCAGCAUCUGUGGGUUCUGCACUUUCAUCCGUGAUUCCGGGCUGCCCACAGAAGACAUCGACUUCACAAACAAGACGCUAGAGGAAAAGGUCGCACAUUGUAUUACCUCUCACCCCGACUCUUGGGACGCAUUUCGGCGUGCCGGCGGGGAAUGAUUGGUUUCUUGUUUCCAGUUUAUUCUUGACGAUUGUAGCUUUAACACCGUAGAUAUCUUGCUAUUUUGUUGUAUCGCAAUCAUUGUACACAUAAGGACACUAGCGCAUGAAUAUACUCGAUGCUUCUUGUCUUGCAACUUUCAUAUGUU